AUGGAAUCGGGCCGCGAGAAGGAAUUUUUCGCUGCUUUUCCGAAGGGCUUUGCCGUUGCUCCAGCCGCAAGGGCCCGUUUGCUGGCUCAGUUUGAGCUUGAUCUAACCUUUCUCGAGCGCAUGCAACUUCGCGACUAUUCUCUGCUGCUCUGUGUCGAUCCAUUAGAUGAUGCUGGGCCUAGUAUUCCGGAAAUCGGGCAACCUCGUACCACGGGAACGACGAUGAACGGCGAUCAGUACGUGCUGCGGAUGAUGCUCAUAGAUGUGUUGCUGAAAUGGGUGAAAACCGACGAUGGAAAGCCAAACCUGAGCAAGAAACAGCUCUCCGAGCUAAUCAGUGAUAGGCUCUUUCCCGCCUCACUUGCGACCCAGAUCAGCAAGCUGAACAUCAAAUCGUCAGGUCGAGCUACG